AUGUCAUUCAAAAGUUGGAAAGUUAUAAAAUGUCGUACAUGUCCUGAUAGCGAUGCAUUAGCAACAUGGACUUCAUCAAUCGAUGAACGUUGUUAUGCUUCAUCGAUGGCAUCAAUAUUUUUUCCACAAGAUCAGUUGAAUAAAAGUGCUAUUACUAAUUCAUUUAUAACAACAAUUUGCCUUCCAAAUCAGUAUAUUAUGAACAACGAGGUAAAAUACGCAAAUUAUUGCCUGGAUAUAGCUCUUAAUAGAUCAGAUACAGCCUGUUCAGUUAGAACUUACAAUCCUGACUAUUGUCACUGCGAUUAUACUGCUUCAACUAAAGCAAUUGUAGCUACGACAAUUUUAUCAGCAUUAUCACUUGGAAUAUUAUUGUUUUUAACACAUUUCGUAGCUCUUGUGAAUAUAGAUUAUGUAUUACGAUGGCUAAUUCCACUCUGUUUUGGUCUUAUGAUUUUCUCUAUUAUAUUUAUGAUUGCAACUUUAAGUAUUGCUGGUGCAAGUCUAGGUGAAGAUCUUGAAGAACUUCGUUAUCAAUGGUCUUUAUUUAAACAAGCCUAUCCUGAGAAGACAUUGAUUGAUGCGUGGCAACAAGAAUUGAACAAUCUAACGCGUAUUAACUAUAGUGUCUCAAUUGGAUGGUGUUUUGGAAUGGAAAUUGUAUCACUUUACUUUGCUCUUAUUGCAUUAGUUGUUUAUGCUCUUAUAUUUCAAGCAAAGAAACGACCUGAACCAAAGAACAAAUAA